CUCUACUAGUUUCGAAUCUAAGAUAAGCAGCGUGCGCAUACGCGGUAACGUCGCGCAGCCUACGUGACGUCGCGUCAGUAGGCUUAGUCUUUAGGUUACGAUAGCCGACCUUAUCGCUUACCUAACGCGUUCUCUUCCAGGAAACGUUUGAGCAUUAUAAAAUACCACGCUUGCUUUAGGCGGAUUAGCAAUUUCAAACUUAUAUUAUAUUGGAAAUAAUAAUUCAACACUGGACGUUAUUAAUGCUUUGACGGCAGAAAUUGUAGAACAGUAGAUUUAGGUAAAAGGUACAUAAAUGUAUUACGAAAUUUAUCGAUCCCGAAAAAGCAUUUGAUCCUAGCGAACUGGCUAACCUCCUCUAACCUUAAUUUAAUCUUGGAAUACCACAUUGACUAUUUCUUUGAAUGUCUGUUCCAUUGAGUUCCAUUUAACAAUUCGUUAAAAUAUGUCCUUUACAAUUGAGUGGUCACACCUGUCGAUCUAUAUGGAUUCGGGUGCUGGGCCAUGAGAAAGGCGGGUGAAAGAAGUUUGCCUACAGCAGAGAUGAGGAUGCUGCGAUGGAUAUGUGGCGUGAUGGGACUAGACAAUAUAAUACACGGCUAUGUAAAUGAAACUUAAGAGCAGCGCUCUCUCGUCUCUCUAAAUAUGGGAAUCUGUACAUCCCAACAUACAUUCUGUCUGUAUAUGGAACUGAAGGCUUCAAAAAGCUUCUGAGCAUUUUAUUGCAUUAAUGAACGAAAACCAAUUUAAUCUUGUUUUCAUCAUACCUUAUUCUACUGGUCAAUUUAUUUGUAAUAACUUCUUUAACAAUAUAAGUCAGAAAGAGAUAGCCACAUAUGACUACACAGCAAUUGAUGCGUUAGAUAAGGACAAAAUAUACAAUAGUGAAAAAGUGAGAUAGCAAAACACAAAAGGUGUGCGUUAGAGAGAGACAGCGUAUCACUUCUCCCCACCACGUAUUGUAUGUUGUUAACACAAUACAAGUUGUAGGCUAGCAGUUCACCCGUCACUUCGCCAGUUGCUCUUGUGACAUCGCACUGUAUAGUCGUGUACCGAGUGUGCAUCAGUAUUGAAAUUAAUUUUGUAAUCAUUUAAUAAACAUGGUUGUCGAGAGUUUUAGCUGGAGUGAAGAAGUGGAGUCGGCCGAUCCCAUGAUAAUGGAAGAACAACGGGAGACUAGGAGAGACUCCGUCAACUCCAUCGAGCCCGAGGUAAAGACUCCACAAACACCGGAGACUAAAUCCUCGGUGGACGAGGAAGACGGAGCUUUAAAGGACUUGCUCCGGGUCGAUGAACAAUAUUAUCCCUUAUUGGCCUUGUUGGAACAAUUUUCCCCUGAAGACGACGGCAUCCAAUUCAACAUAAAGUUGAAACAGUUUGAGACUACAAUGUCAUCCAUGUGUCCGGACGACUCGCGUGUGCAACAAGCAUUCGCGACGUUCCGCGCGGCGGCCCUGCGGUGCCCGGUGAUGGCGCGUAAGCUGGCCGCAGUGGGUGUUUCGUUCACUCGCCAGCAGAACAAGCCACUGCUUCGUAGAACCCUCCUUAAUGUCGUCAUGCAGGACACUUUCUCCAAACUGGACGUGCUACAGCGCUCAAAUCCGCUGUUCCUCGUCAACGCUGCGAAUCUGAUGGGGGAUUACUUCGCCAACGCUCGCCUCAGUAACGGCGACAAGCUGCACUUUCUAGCUGAGCCACUACUGCAAUACUUGCGUGCUUUACUCGCCGCCCAUGAUACACGUGCACAUCACAGUCUCGCUACACAAUUAAUGCAAAACGGUCGCGAGCUACUCUCCGUAGUAGCUCAAGAGAUGGACGAGCUCUCGGUCUCGAUCCGUCUCCGUCUGCUCUCGCCCCCACCAGUCAGCACAACGUGGCUACUACUCUCCGCAGACCUUUGCCUCAACAAGUUUCUUCCCCUACCGACUACGCUGCAACAGUUUUACGCCGCUCACUUAGUUUCAACCACGGAAGAAAAUGUCAGUGAAGUCAACUACAGACCUUGGAAGAAAAGCCCCGAGGAGAACGUGGAUAUCAUCCGCAAAAACAUAUCUCAGCCGAGGCCAGAACCACGCGUUGGUGCUCGGCUACUGAGGGAAGAUGGACAAAAUGCCUACAACACUAGAAAUACAAAAUUAAAUAUAAAAGCAAGGCUCGACCUGAACACGUGGCGGCAGCCGAAGGAAGAAACAAUGGAAGUUGUGGACCGUCUCCAAGAAGACGACCGGACGAGUGUCGGUACCACCAGGACAGCGGUGACCACUUCCAAAUUCACCAAUAGUCGAAUGUCUUCCAGACCUCGGGGGAACCCAAUGUCUGCCCACCGAGAUACGAUAGAAACCCGGACAGCUAGAAAUAACCUCAGGAGUCGAUACGAUCUCAACUCGUGGCGGCAGGCCCUGAAGGAGAAAGAGGGAGAUGACGUUUAG